CAGACGAAGACUGCAGCCCCGGUUAUUUUACAGACUUCAGUAGAGCCAAGCAGUCGACAGUCUCUCCUGCAGAGAGACAGAGAGAGAGGGGAAAAAGAACUUCAUCAACGACGAGCUGUAGUUUUGCAGCAUGUUCCACCUUCGGCAAUCUCCGUUUAAACACACUCGCCCAGCAACUGUUUGAUUUUGCUGGUGAGUUGGCAAUUUUUUUGGGGAAACAUUCGCCUUUUCCCUCCUUUCGGCUGAUGUAAAAAAAACAACCUCUCUAUACUGGAAUGAUGUGGACCUCUCAUGAUACUGUUGGAUUUGUUUUCAUGGCCGGAUUCUGUGUGCAAUUCGGAUUCUCCUUUGAAGGUCGCUUCACGGAUAUGCCCUCCAACAUGACGGUUAAAGAGGGACAAAACAUAGAAAUGGCGUGUGCUUUCCAGAGCGGAACCGCGUCGGUGUAUCUGGAGAUCCAGUGGUGGUUCGUGAAAGCACCGGAACCCACUGACAGCGAGGAGGAGGUCGAUGCUGAAGAGAUGGAGAUGAUACCGGAGCCUGAUCCUGAUGAUGAGGGGACAAAAAUAAGUACAGUGAAAGUCCAGGGCAACGACAUCUCACACAAGCUGCAGAUCUCCAGAGUCAGCAAGAGCGACGAGGGACUGUACGAGUGCCGGGUGACCCGAGCUAACUACGGAGAGAUUGUGGAGUACAAAGCCCAAGCCUGGCUGAAAGUCAACGCUACAGCCAGGCCACGACGACCACUGCUGCCUCCAAAGAAAAGCUCCCCACUGCACCUGACGGACAAGAAGCCGAGAAAGUCCAGCUCACCCCUGGGCCAGGACAGCAUGAGUUCAGACCAGAGGGUGGCCUCCACCUCCACCUCUCACACAUCCUCCAAUACAGCUAAACACAACCCCGGCUCAGGUACAAGAAUAUCAUCCAGCUAUGGACUGGCUGUCCUCCUCCUGGCGUGCGGUGUGGUGAGGGAUGCCUUGUUAUAAUUUGAAGGACUGACAUGGUUUGCGCCCUGAUCUCGCCCUCCCUCUGUUUGCUCUCAAAGUGAACAAGAAAAUUGCCUGUUCUACCCCCCAACCCCAACCAUACCCCCUUCUACACACACACACACACACACACACACACACACACACACACACACACACACACACACCAUGCAAACAGCACAGUUGGCCCUCAUUUCCCUGCCACUACUGCUCUUGCACCCAGCACAUUGUUAUUAGCCACUGUAAACACCAGUCACCUUUAAACCAGUUGGAUUACCUUUUGUACAGACAUCAACUCGACACCAUCUGAAGUCCGACGCUCCGCUGUGAAAACGGACUCUGUUAAAAUGGACUCAGUGUCUUGUUGGAUAACUCUCAUGGAAGAAUGACUUUCUUAUGGUUUUCCUGUUCCAGUCCAUGUGUUUAUUGCUCAAAAGUGAACAAGAAAAAAGGAGAAUCUAUAUUUGUGUAAUACAUAUGAUUCUAGAUAUAUAUAUAUCUGUUUUAUUUCAAACACCUAGAAUUACUGUAUGUGCUGUAUACAUAGCUGAAACUCACCAUAUUGGCCAUGGAACUUCAUUGUGAAUAGGCCCUCUCAAAGAAACAAAAGAAAUGUUAAUUUAGACUGUUAACAUUAACCAUAAUGUUAUGAAGGUUAAAUUUCUCAUUUUUCUUCAGCUGUAUCGGCCAUCUAAAUUAUCUAAUGUGCAUCAUUUUACAUCUUGUUAGUGAUACAUACUGAUGUGCAUGCUUCUUGGUCUGAUGGCUUAAAAGAGGGGAACAUACGUUAUUUGAGCUACAUAAGUCAACACUCAGAGUUCAGUGUUACAGUAUGUUGAAUUUAGCUUUAUUUUAAUGUGCUAGCUUUGGUGUGAAAAAAGCAAACUGUCCCUUGUCAUUUUAAUUUGUAUUGCAUCCUCAGUAGGAAUAAAAAGGAUGUCACAAUUUAUGAGUCAUUGAAAAUCCUGAUAUGUGAUCACUGGAUGAUUAAUUUUAAUUGACUUGCACCAUUUUUUAAAUGGCAUGCUUCAGCUGCUGUGAACCUCCCCGGUCUGCUCAUCAUUACAGAGGAUGAAUGAGUAUUUACCCACUUUGGAUCACCAGUAGUGCUAGUUUGUAUUAUUUGACACCAUCACACCACACACACACAUUUGCAGGUAGAUGCUCGAGUGGCUGGAUGACAUGAGAUGCAGUGUAACACAAAGAGUAGACUUGCUUAUCAUCAACAUUGUAUAUGAUUCAUGUUUGGUAAAAAAAAAAAUGGGGAAAAAGUGUAAGUUAGUUUUGUUUUCUCUUAAAUCUUACAGUACUAUAUUUUUAGCUUUAUUUUCAGAUGAUAUAUCAUAGAGAUUUUUAUCCACACAGAGCAUUUAUAAGCAAAACGCUUUGACAAUCUGACUCAAACAUGGGCAAAGGUGUUUUUUUGGUUUCAUAGAGCAACAACAAACACAGUAUAUCAUCUAAAUAAAUAAAUGGGACUAUUUUGUUGUUACCUUUUUGAGCUGAACAGAAAAUUAUGAAUAAUUGAUUUGUGUUGAGAAUCAUACUGUAAGUGAAUGUUACCACCAUGAGGUUGCCACAAUGCGGCAGCUGCCCUGCAACGAGAUCAAUAUUUUAGUUUGGUAGACACUGACACUUAAAGCACAUACUGUUUUUCUGCUGAGUUGAUGCCCAAAAUUUAACUUAAGGUAGCAUGAUUAUGUAGUUUCUCAUGUGUUGAAUGGUAUACUCUAACAUUCAUACAUAACAUACCGAUGUAAUUGCCAACGAUUAAUGUGCUGUGCAUUUUCAAAAAGCAAAAUACUCACCUUCCUUCGAGCUCCGUUUUCGCAGACAAAGCAAAAAUCCCCCCCUGUAUAGUUGUACUGCAUUCCCAAAGAACUGUGUUGGGAAACUUGUUGAUUCAGCACCGAGGUUCAAUGGCUGGCAGUGCUUGUCAUGCUUUUGGAUCCGAUCAGAGACAUCUACUGAUCAGCAGCUUCCAGCCAGGGUACAAGAUGUGUGGGCGAUAGAGGGCAACCCUGUCUAAUCCCUCAAGUUCCAAAUAGCUUCAGGGUGCAUUGGGACAGUUAAUCUAGCAUCACUGUCAUAUAUAUGCCACUCUGCUGUGACUGGAAAUCGAUUUCUGUGUUUUGAAAUGAGAACAUGUUAUGUAAUAUGAUUCAGAAUGUUUAGCUUGCAGAAAAAAGUACAGAUUAUUUUAAGGGAGAAUGGGAUUUUGGAUGUGUUGGAAAUGUGCCCGACAGUGCACAGUUUGAGUGGACAGUUUGUCCAACCCUCAUGUAAAAAGUUACAGAUCUGUACAACUUGUAAAUGAAAUAAUCAGCAUGUUAACUUUUUUUUUUAAGAUCAAUUUAAAAAGGCAGAGGCCAGUGAUGUUCUGUACUUGUAACAAUGGUGUCAUGUACUCAUAUUCAAGUGUUAACAAGUCCAAAGUGGGUUUUCAUCUCUUCAAAAUGAACUUGGGUAAAAUGUAUAUGACAAAAAAAAAAAUCUAUAUAUAUAUUAGAAACAUCUCCUUUAUAAAGGUUCCAUCCUAAUCUAGUGGACUCGCUUGACUGUGGGUUCUUGCAACAUACUGAAUAACAAAGAAGGAGAGAUUUGAGCGAUGAUUGAUUUAAUAUUGUGAUUGGAGUGAUGAAAAAUGACUCUUAGUAAAAAACUGAGUUCAGGCUGUGAUAGAGGCUGAUUAAGGCUCUCUGUUACCAAAGAGGAGAACGGUUCACAAUGACGGCUAGAGCAGCAGUUCCUUCAUCCAGGAUGUUAUUUCAGAAACACAGCCAUUCUUCUGUUCUGUUGUUAUAUGCCACGCUACUCAUCCACUCUAGAUGUAUUUGUUUCUUCUAAUGUAUUUCAUUUCGAUGCGGUCCUGUCUGUUUGUUGAGCUGUCAAAAAUUCUGAUGAAUUAUAGUUCUCUUUUCUUUGGUAUUGUGUGAGGCUUCUGUACUGGAACAUUGCAACAGUUUGUAUUAUAAUGACGAUAUCAGAAUAAUAUUUAAAUAAACCAUUUUCACAGAUGAAAUUCAAACA